AUGAUCGAUUCAAUUUGUCUUUUCCUUCGAAAACUACGAGGAGAAAUCCAAGAACUUAUUCACGAGCUCGAUGUUUCCCCCAAAUCCAAUCAAAUGUGCAAACUCAUUAAUUUAUUCACACACCUGAAACAAUUCCAACGCAUCGCUGAAUUCUCUCCGAAACUUGUCGAGAAAAUUCUCGAAGAAAUUCAAAAGGAAUUUUUCGAACAGAUGGAAGACUUGGAAUGGAAACUAAAAAAGCUAAAUCUCGAUUUUCACCACCCGGACAACGUUCGUUUAGCCAAUGAAAUUCUUCAAAAGCUCCAUUCGUUCAAAGAUCUUCAUCGUUUUCUUCCUCAGCUUAAAAUCUGUGAAGAACAAAUCAACAACGAAUUUUAUGAAUCAAUCAAAGCGAUUUUCGACUUAAUUCCACAGAAAUUCAAUUUACAAGAGAGAAAAGUUGACAAUCUAAGAGCUGAAUUGAAUCGUUUGAAAGAGUUGCAACAGCAAUAUGAAAGUUUCUGUCCGUCGAUUGUUUAUUUGAAAGAAUUGGGUUAUUCGAAUAUUGAUCAAGUGAAAAAUGAAAUCGAACAAAGAGAAAAAGAACAUGAGAAACAAAAUGUAGAAUAUCUUGGCGAGAAAAAUCACUUAGAGAAGAAAAUCAAUGAACCUGAAGUGAUUAUUCAAUCCUACGGAAAAUCAAUUCUUUUCAAAAAUUCGAAAAAUAUUUUUGGGAAAGAUUAUGAUAAACUGACAGAUCCAGCGCAACAAGAUGGAUAUUCAAAUAUCAAUCAAGUUAAGGACAAAAUGGUAAAUCAUCGAAAUGAUCUGGAGAAAAUGGAAAAUCAUCGAAAUGAUCUGGAGAAAAUCCAUCAAACUCAUCUAAAAAAUCAAAAUAAUUUGCAGAAGAAAUUAACAAAUCUUCAAGCAAUUCAAAAUCAUUAUUUCAAAUUAAUUCAAGAAGAUUCAGACAAAGGAAAUGUCUUUCUAAAUGAAAGUUCUUCUAAUAAUUAUGGAAAUUUAUCAAAGAAAAUCGAAGAAAUCACCACCGAUUUCAAUUAUUAUGUUCAGUUAAAACGACAAUUUUACUUUAACAGUGAAUGUAAUGCAUCAGCUAUGAAUUGUAUCUUUAUUUAUCUUAAUCAAUUUGACAAUUUCAUCGAUCCAUCUAUUCAAAAAUUAGCGAUUGAGAUGAAUGAGUAUCUGAAAAUUUAUCUUAAUGAAUAUGUGAAGUUUGCUGAAAAAGAAAUUGAACGAUAUUUUAAUUAUUUAAUUAAAUCAAAGACAAAUAUAUUUUUUAAAGAAAAUCUCGAAAAAUAUUUAUUAAAUUUACUUUCGAUGAGGAAAUUCGAAAUUGUUUUCAAAUAUUCGAAUGGCGAAAAGAAAUUGAAACAUUUUCAGAAGAAAUUCGUGAAUUUUCAUCAUUCGAUUAUUAUUGAAAUUGAAGAAGACAAAAUCAAUGAAAAUUAUGUAGAUUUCAAAAGCAAAUUAUCGCUUCUUUGUUCUCUCAAUUGUUUAGAUGAAUUUUUCAUCGAACUGAACGAAAAUGAAACAUUCGCAAAAUCUUUUCAAAAAUAUCAAGAAGAUUUUCGUCAAAUCUCCAAAGAAACCUAUCAAUUAAUCUUAAAUUCAAUUUCCAAACAAGAUUUUCUCUUGAUUAACUCGAAACUUUCAUACAUGAUCGAAGUCUUUGCCAACAAGAGAUUUGUUUCGCAUCUGAAAACGAAUUUGGAAGCCAAUCUCGAAGUUUUGAUCAAGAAUACGAAACAAUUCGGCAAUUUGUUUUACGAAAAUCUUCAAUAUAAACAAGAAAAUGAAAAUCUUUUUCAGAAACUCGCAGCAAAUCUUGAUCAACUGCGAAUUGUUCGUCGACAAACGAACAUUUUAAAUUUUAUUGAAAAAAAUCUGAAAAUUUCAUUGGAAAAUUUGGCCAAUGAAGUUGAACAAAUUUUAAGAAAAAAACUUUUGAAUCUUCUUCAAUCAAUUGAGAAUUAUUUCAAACAAAAUGAUUUUCUUUUAAUCGAGAAAACCAUCGAAUAUGUGAAUUAUUUCUUAAAUCAAUUUCAAGAUUAUUUUUCAUUUAAAUCAACCGAACAUCAAAUCAAUGAAAUGAAGACAAGAAUUUCUCAAUUACCCAAAGAAAUUCUUCAACAAUAUGAUUUUAUCGAUUUGAAUAAAUAUCUGAACGAUUCACCAAAAUAUCUUUGUCAACAAUUGAAAGUUGUUUCAUCGAAUGGUUAUACAAAAUAUUCCGAUGUUUAUCGACAAAUUUUGGAGAAAAUUCGAACGAAUUUCUUAUCAGAAAUUAACAAUGUCAAAGACAACCGAGUUUUGAAUCGAUUAAAUAAAAUGCGAUCAAUCAGAGAUGCGUUUUAUUCAUUACCAGAUGAAUUACAAAGUGUUUUUGAAAAUGACAUUGAAGAAAUUAAUCAAUUGAUUAGAAAAGAAGUUCGCAUGUUCGAAAUCGAUUAG